AUGCAGACAGGCGCAACCCAUCCCAUUGUGUUGACAAUGAGGUGCCUAGCUCUCACGAUCGUCCUAACUACAAGCAACCUUGUGUCGGCUUCGCCUUUGAGCAGGAACCAGCUUUUCACCACCUGCUGGGGCUGGGGUGCUAGCUGCACCAUGCACAGUGCUGUGAAUAGAGCUUUUCCGCCCAUGGUCAGCGGCCACUCACAGCGCCCUGAGCCGAGCGUUGGCAGAAAUCCUGCAGGGAUACCCAGCAUGGUCACAUCUGGAACAUGGGAGCCUGGCACAAUGGGCAAGAGAUUUGGUACACUCACACAUCGUCAACAAGAUCUCAUUGCCCUUCUGGAAAAAGCCGUCAGGGAAACAUAUGCCCAAGCGUGA